CGACAUUAGUGUAUUGUGUAUGACCAUUGGUGACAGCCGUCAGUUCAUGUCAUCGGGGAGAUAUCGCGGGUAUCAGCAUCUUGCAGGGAAGCAUGCCGGCAGAACAACAAUUCCAACUCCAUGAGGAUCCACGAAAUCUGGAUUACUUCAGUGAUGUUAAUUUGAUGCAAUUCGAUGUAAAGAGAGAGACAACAUCGGGAUUUGACAGUCUGUAUCCUCAUCCUCAUCCUUGCAAUCAGAAUACGUCCGGAUCAGUUUCCACCACCCCCAUGAGCACCCCUUGCAGCUCGGUGCCUUCUUCUCCAAGUAUCAGCCCAACUGGGCAGAGUUCCGACGAUUUAUACUGGACAAUGGAUUCCAGCGUUUAUCCUCAACAAAUGAACUCAAAUCUUCUUGACCUGACAUCCGAAACUGCAGUGGGGAGUUUAGGCACUGAUUCAGUAAAUGGGCACCCAAUAUCCCACAUCCGCCAGCAGCUUCAUCAAGCAGAAUUUGACUACUACAGAGCGACACGCCCGUUCCACGGACAAACCCCCAGUUUCCAGCACCAAGAGCAACAUUACGCAGAAAUACCACCGAACAUCGGAACUCUCCACAGUCAUCAGAGCGCACAUGAUCACGUGCAGAACAGAGAUGGAUUUCAGUUCACUGACAAUGUUAAUAACCCAAGUGCAAGAGCGCUCUGCCACCAAACAGCCCAAGUUAUCAAUCCACAGCAAAAGCGAGAUGACCGAAAAACAAGUGUCGAAGUCUGCCUCUCAGAUGAGCAGCUGUUGUCCAUGUCCGUGAGAGAACUCAAUCGACACCUUCGUGGUUUAAGCAAGAACGAUGUUAUCCGACUUAAACAAAGACGUCGGACACUAAAGAACCGGGGUUAUGCACAGUCCUGCCGACAUAAACGGGUUCAACAGAAACACGUUCUGGAGCAUGAAAAGACGAGCCUGGUCACUCAGCUGGAGCAGUUGAGGCGCGAGUUUAAUAUACUGACUCGCGAAAGAGACGCAUACAAACUCAAGUUCGAGAGGCUAGCCGGGGGUCUUAGAAAUGGCCCUACAGGUGAAAGCUCAUCAUCACAAAUUUCUGUAUAAAAUCAUUGGGGGCAUGCUGGCCGAUGAGUGAUAAUAUGAAUAUGAAUAAU